UGCCCGUUACUUUAGUUCGGCGUGGAGUGCAGGGACGGAAAGAUGGCUGUAAAUCUGGGUAAGAACAGACUGGUCCUGCUCACCGCCUACCAGGACGUCAUCGACGACACGUCCGACACCGACUGGGCCUUGUACACAUAUGAGGAGGACAACAAUGACUUGAUGUUGGCAUCAUCAGGGGGCGGCGGUUUGCCGGAGAUCACGGUCACCUUCGACAACUCCAUGGUGAUGUACGGCUUCUGCAGCCUGAAGGAGCCCAGCUCCGCCCUGCCGCGCUACGUCCUCAUCAACUGGGUCGGAGAAGACGUGCCUGAUGCGAGGAAGUGUGCAUGUGCGAGCCACGUGGCGACCAUCGCCGACUUCUUCCAGGGAGUGGACAUCAUUAUCAACGCCAGCACCAUGGACGACAUCGACCCAGCCGCCAUUGGACAGCGUCUGACCAACGGCACAGCAGUGGUGGCCAGCCCGGUCCUCAGCCGCCUGAAAACCAGAGAAGAAGAACUCACAGAGCAAGUGGGAACAGUGUACCACAAGACCAAUGCUGAGGUGGAGAUGAAGACCAUCAACAGAGAGGAAUUCUGGGAACAGGCCAAGCGUGAGGAGGAGAUCAGGAAGGAGCAAGAGAAGAAGAAGGCUGCAGAGGAGCGUCAGCGUUUUGAGGAGGAGCGGAUGGUGCUUGAGAGGAAGGAGCAGGAGGACCGAGAGAAGAGGUACCGUGAGCGGGAGCGUCAGAUCGAGGAGCACCGGAAGAAGAUGCAGGAGGAAGAAGAGGCAAAAGAGAGAUCGCGAAGCCGGCCCGCCGUAGUCGCAGAGCCGAGUUACGAAGACCUCAAUCAGGACAAAAAGGAGACUGAAGUGGAGGAGGCGAAGGCCAUCAUCGCCCAGCGUUCAGGAAACCCUCGUGACUUCUUCAAGCAGAAGGAGCGAGCGCUGAGCAGCAGCGUGGACGCGGCCCCCGUCUCCGUCCACAGGACCGGUGAUGAUGAUGACGCUGAAGCAAGUACAGAGCACAGCAUGGCCGCCGUGUCCCCCAUCCCUAAAAUCAUCACCACGCCCAUCAAGGAGGAGGCCAGCAGGGAGGACGAGAGCAGCAGAACUGAAUGGGAUUCAGUGCCACAACAGGAGCAGCCUCCGGUCCAGGAGGCUGCACAUUCCAAACCCGUCCAGCCGGUGGCGCCUCAAACCCGCGACCCUUCCGACUUCUCUGUCUGGGAGUCCGGGACAGACAGCCUAGUCGACCUAUGGGACGCCGGCUCCAACGCUCCCUCCGCCUCCUCCCAGUCCUCCCACUUGGUUGACCUGAUGAGUGACAGCGCUGACGUCCUGCCCCCUGCCUCCGCCGGCGGCAGCAGCACUGUCCGGCCCCAGCCGCUUCUCAGCUUCGACGAAAUGAUUGACAGCUCGCUCUGCUCGGCCGGGGCUGAAGACGACCCCUCCAGCCUCGUGGACGUGGCGGGCUCCGACCAGAUGACGCUCAGCUACCAGCAUGCACUGCAGCACGCGUCGGGGGAGGGGAAAGAGCAGGAGCUGGAUGACGGACAGCUGCUGAUGACCAAUGGGGAGACGCUGCUUAAAGAAGGGACUCAGGCGAGUGAGGGCUAUUUCAGCCAAUCACAGGAAGAGGAGUUUGGCCAAUCAGAAGACGGCUCAGCUAAACCCACGCCGGUCUUUUACAAUAAGCCACCAGAGAUUGACAUCACCUGCUGGGACACGGAUCCGGUGGUCGACGAAGACGAUGAGGACUAACCGGCCAAUCACAGGCUCCCGUCGGACCAAGAGGAAGUAGGGGCCGCACGGCUCGUGGAGAAUCCGAUUUUUCUUAAACACAAACACGUCUUGCAUAAAACAACUUCUGUAUAAUAACCUAGAGAAGAAAAACAGUUAGCCACCGAAACCAUGUUCAGUUACCGUUAAAGAUGCUUAUGGGUUAAAGAGUUGAUAUUUGAUUUUUUUUUUUACUUUGAUUUUUUUUUUUUAAUGUUUCUGUAUACAUUUAUUUUUCUUUUUUAAUUUAUUUUCAUUUCUCGUUUUGCUAUGCAGAUAUAAUCGCUGGGACCAGGGGGCAUUUGUUUCUGUGUCUGUUUUAUUGCACAGCAGAGUAACGCACGGCUGCACAUUAGAAACACAACACGUGGUCACAGCUGGUCCCUCCAUAACCCCGCCGGCCAGCGCGCGCGCCUCACCGCCACAUCGCUACUACAGCUGUCCCAGCUGCCGCACCGAGCUCCAUCCUCUCCACCCCGCUCGCUCUCCUCCUCCCCCCCCCCCCCCCCCCCCCGCUUUCACCCCCUCAUCAUCCCUCCGGUCCAAUCGAAGUCUCUCAACUCGUCGUUCACGCGCAGAAACCCCUUUUUUCCCAUGAUGCACCUCCACUUCCCGCCGGAAAUAUGUAAAGACGUCAGAUGUCACCUUGGAAGCAGGCAGCGCUGCUUAGUGAUGCUGGCACAGGACCUCAAAAUCCCGUGUUUCUGUCCCACUAACACUAGCUUGUUUGUUAGUUUGUUAGUUUGUUUUCCCCUCCAGGACUUUAAAGACAGAUACAGCAAUGUGUUUGGAGCACCGACAGUAUUGUUUUGAAAAGAAAUCUCUAAAAUACAUUUAUAUUUCUUUAAGAUUUGAUGUAAGAUUCUUUACAUGAUUCUCUACAUUCUCCUAUGAAAACUGUGUGAGAGGUCCGAUAUAAACCAGCCACAUUUGGUCCCGUAGAAAAUCCAACUAGAACCUCGGUUUCACAAGUCUUAACAACUAGUCUCCAUCUCCUCAUCAUGUACUCAAGUGUGCCAGUUUCGGAGCGCUGAACAUCUACUGAUAGGUUACUGAUAGACUGAGAGGCCGUCGGGGAACCGCUGCAGCCGGGACGCGAACCCGGGUCUCCCGCACCACGGGCGACUACGCUAACCAGUCGACUGAGGGGCUCGACCCGUUAAUUAUGGGCUAGCGAGUCUACUUACACCCCGUCCCCCGCGCGUCAGCGUAUCAGCUCCCUCACGCCUCUGGGUGCACGCGCCUCCGAUGGCCCCCACGAUCCCACCUCUGACACCAACG